UGUUUACUCAUUGCAGCUGUUUGUUAGUUUUCGAGGAUAUCAAAAAUCGUAGUGAACGUCUUUUCCCUCUUUCACCAUGUGCAAAUUGAGUCUGUUUCUAUUGUUGGCCGUAUUCGGUUGCCUCCUGGUCUCCGGCAGUCAGGCAGGUCGUUUGGGUUCCCGUGAUGCCAAUACCAAUGAGGUUAGCCUUCGUGACAUUACCGUGGUCAAGGAUGUGCGAGCCUUUGCCGCCAAGCAUCCGGGCCUCAAGAUGCAACGUCUGACCAAGCAUCCUGAGGCAAGAAGUAGUACCCAAUCGGUGCGUUACUCUCUGGGAGCUCGUAUCUCCGGCGAUCGCUUGGUGGCUCAAGGUGCCGAUGUCUUCUCCUAUCCCUCGGUCAAGGAUGUCAGUCUGCAAUUGACAUAUCCCGAAUCUGGUACUGGCGCUGUUGUCACUUAUGUGGAAUUGAUCUGCAGUCAGGAUAACACCGAGGGCAAUGCCUAUGUUGUUGCCGGUGGCAUUGGACAGCGUUUCAUCUCCAUUGUCUUGGAGGCAAAUCAAACCAAAAACUUCUCCUAUCAGGCACAAUAUUAUGGCACAGAUUAAAAAGUCAUUGAGAAACAAAGAAAAACAAAAAUCGAAUGAAAAUUUUGUAAAUUCAAUUUAAUUUUACUUCACAAUUGGAGUACAUUUUUUUUUUUUUUACAAAUCGUUCUAACUAGAAAUACAUGUACACUUAUACAUACAUACGAUACACGUACGUACGAUACACAGACACACAUAAGCACAUCCACACACACACACACACACACACACACUCUAACAUUUAUAUAAAUGUGUACUGAGCAUUAUAAAUUAUUAGCGAAAUCGAUCGAACAAGUA